CAGGCACUCGGUCCGCCAUUUUCGUAAUAGCCACAUACCGACUUGUGCUGCUACCAGUCGUCCGACUUUUUGCUAAAAAUUAGCAAUCUUACUUUGCUUCGUUGCAGUUUGCUCAAUUAAUACUUCCAUCACCGUAGCGACAUGUCCAGCGAGCAGCCCGAGAACACCGUGGAGGCCCCGGAGCAGUCCCCGCCGUCGCCGCAGCAGCUCCAGCUGCAGGGUGAAAUGAAUGGAAAACCCAAGAAUGAGCCCAGUUCAAGGAAGGAGAGACCACAGAAGAGAGGUGGAGGUGGUCGUUUCGAACCCUAUGGCAACGCAAACAAGAGAUACCGUGUUUUUGUCAGCAACAUCCCCUAUGAUGUGAAAUGGCAGGCCCUCAAAGACCUGAUGAAAGAAAAAGUGGGUGAGGUAACGUACGUGGAACACUUAAUGGACGCUGAAGGCAAAUCGAGGGGUUGUGCUGUUGUCGAGUUUAGGACUGAAGAAUUAAUGAAGAAAGCAGUGGAAAAGGUCAAUAAGCAUAACCUCAUGGGGCGACCCCUAAAAGUGAAAGAGGAUCCCGAUGGAAUCAUUUCUCAGAGGGAAAUUAACAAGUCCCAAGGUGGAGGCCCACCAGGAGUCCAUGGAGGCAUGGGUGGAAUGGGAGGCAUGGGUGGUAUGGGAGGAAUGGGCGGGAUGGGAGGCAUGGGUGGAAUGGGAGGAAUGGACCGCAUGGAUCGGAUGGGGCCUGGACCAAAUGGCCCCAUGGUCAGCAUUCCCCCCAGCCUGAUGAACAACCCAAACAUCCCCAAUGAGAUUAUCCACGGUCUCCAGGCUGGCAGGAUUGGCAGCACCAUCUUUGUAGCUAAUCUUGACUACAAAGUGGGGUGGAAAAAGCUGAAGGAGGUUUUCGGCAUGGCAGGCGUGGUGCUGAGAGCGGACAUUCUAGAGGACAAGGAUGGGAAAAGCAGAGGCAUGGGCACAGUAACCUUUGAAAUGCCCAUUGAAGCAGUCCAGGCUGUCUCCAUGUUCAAUGGACAGCUCCUGUUCAACAGGACCAUGCAUGUCAAACUGGAUGAGAAGUCCCUCCCUAAAGAUUUUGGACCACCAGACAGAUCAGCUGCUCUUCCUCGGGGCCUGAGUGGUAUUGGUUUGGGUCUGGGACCUGGUGGGCAGCCUAUUGAUGCAACCCAGCUCAACAGAGGUGGUGGUGGUGGAGGAGGAGGAGGAAUGGGCAACAUGGGCCCAGGAGGAAUGGAUGGAAUGGGAUUUGGUAACAUGGGUGGUGGUCGCAUGGGAGGAGGAGGCGGCGGAGGAGGAGGAGGAAUGGACAACUUUGGAGGAAUGAACAACAUGGACCGUUUUGGUUCUUCAGGAAUGGGCCGGAUGAAUGAGAUGGACCGUGGUGGUGCUUUUGACAGGGAAUUCGGCCGAAAUGAAAUGGGAAUGUCUCGCAAUAGUUUUGGAGACUCCUUUGAAAGAGGAAUGGGAAACACUCUGGGUAUGGAGCGGAUGAGCUCUGGAAUGGACCGAAUGGGAAGUGGCAUGGAUCGCAUGGGAGGGAUGGACCGGAUGGGCAUGGACAGGAUGGAUCGAACAUCUGAUGUAGACAGGCUAGGAGGAUCUGGAUUCGAUCGGAUGGGCUCAGGAAUGGAUCGCAUGGGUCCCAAUAUGGACAGACUCGGACCGGGUUUGGACCGCAUGACCUCCAACAUGGAUCGCAUGGGCCCCAGUGGAUUCGACCGUCUAGGCCCGUCUAAUAUGGAUCGCAUGGGUAGCAACAUGGACUUUGGCUCUUCGAUGGGAAUGGAUCGCAUGGGCAACUCCGGGAUCGACAGAAUGGGAAGCAACUUUGAUCGCAUGGGUUCUGCCGGAGGAAUUGACCGGUUUCCCUCAGGUGGCCUUGACCGGAUGAGCUCUGGCAUGGAUCGGAUGGGAUCUGGAGGUGGGGUUGGUCAGUUUGAUCGCGCUGGUGAUUUGGAUCGUGGAUUUGGUGGGAAUUCCUUUGGAGCUGGAGCUGCAGGACCUGGAACUGGGGGAGGAAAUCUCAGGAAGGGAUGCCAGAUCUUUGUCAGAAAUCUGCCGUUUGACUUCACCUGGAAGAUGUUAAAAGACACCUUCAAUACAUGUGGUAUGGUCCAGUAUGCCGACAUCAAGAUGGAGAAUGGCAAGUCCAAGGGAUGUGGAGUGGUUCGCUUCGACAACCCUGAAACUGCUGAGCGUGCUUGCCGAACCAUGAAUGGCUAUCGGCUGAGCGGAAGAGAGAUUGACGUUAGGAUCGACAGAAAUGCAUAAUUGAUAUGCUUGUUCCAUUUGAAAUAUAAUUUAGUCUCCUAUGUCCAACCAAUUGGCAUCAUCUGAAUUGUUGUUCAAUAUACUUGGUUUGUUAGAUGUCUCAUGGUGAAAUUUGUUUUAGUUACGUGUUUUUAGUUUUGCUUAUAUUUUACUUAUAUUUUACUUUUUAGUGACCAAACUUUUAAAUUUUUGUUCUGUCAUAUUUCACCUGUGAUUUGUUUUUGGUCUUCAAGUUGUUUUGAUAAAUAAAUCUCAGUCUAUCAAA